GAUCCGCCGGAUGGCCCGCCCCCUGUCGCGGCGUUCCUCAAUUCCGGCACCACCCCCCACGGGCCGUCCUGACUGGCGAGCUCGCUUGCCAAUCAGCCGCCACGGGCCCCCGCAACCUCCGACCCUCCGGCCGUUUAAUUUCGGCACAGCUCCGGCUCUCCGGCUCCUGAUUGGGAAACGCGCCUCCCUAUCCGCGGCUGAACUUUCAGACCCACAUUCUGAUUGGCGUGAGGCCCUAUCGAUCAACCCCCUCCCCCCUCCUAAGCUCCUCCUAUGCCCUCGGCGAUUGGGCCCGCAUUUCAUCCUUCAAAGUAAACAAUCUCCGCCUCCUCCCUUGUGAGUGGGCCGCGGCCUCCCCCCUCGACUUCCGCCUCCUCUCCUCAGCGACUGGCGCGAGCCCCUGCCACUCUCUUCGCCGCGAGGCGCAGGGAACGCCGUUCGCUCCUCCCUCCUCUCGCAUGGGCUUUCUCCCUUUUUCCGACGCCGUGAUUGGCGGCGGUGUUGCUGGGGGGGUAAGUCCCGCCCCGCUUGGGCUGAGCCGGAGAGAGGAAGCAACUCUGUCCAACCGCCCUCACCGCCCCCCUCCCUCCUCCUCCGGUCUGUCUAUCUGUCUGGUAGGCGGCUCCGCCAAGUCUGCUCCGCGCUGUCGCGGGACCUGGAAGGUGAGCGCGGAGCAGCAGGUCGAAGCUGAGCCCCGGAACCCCCCCCCCCCCGGGGACAGAACAGGAGGCUGUCAAGAGCUGUAAGAAGGAGGUUGGGCGGCGGGGGGCGGGGGAGGGAAAUGGUUCCCCCUCCCCACCUGGGUGGGGAGACAUAGCAUUGGGUUGUAUGGAGAAAGGGGUGGCUAAGAUGGGGGGUGUUGGGAAAUGGCGGGUCAGGGGGCGCAGGAAAUUCUGUCGAGGGAAAAAGAACCCCUGAGAUUUGGAAGCGGCGAGUAAAGGGGGGGAGCUAGGAAGGAGGUGUGUUGGGGGGCACAUGUUGGGGCUCCUCGUUAAGACGAAGCCAUUGUGGAACAUAAAUGUUGUAUCUGAUGAAGAAAAAUCUGCACAGGGAAAUAUAAUGUGGGAACCUCUAAAGAGCCACUGAGAAAGAGUUUGGCACUGUAGUAGCGUAAAAUUCACCGAAGAACAAAAAAACAUGUUCCUGGUGAGGUAUCAUAAUGGAGCGUUUAUUGAUGGGUCCAGUUCUGGAAACGUUUGCAUGAGGUCCUUGCCCACUGACUGGUUUCAUGAUUCAGGUGCUAGUGUCCUAUGCCUAUAGUACUAAUGCCUGGAGUAAGCCCUGUUGAGCGUAGUUGAAUUACUUCAAAGUAAACAGUAACAUGCCUAAAUUUGAACUGUAAAGCUGUAAUCCGAUAUACACUUCUCUGGGAGUUAAGGUGUAGGGAACUUAGUGGGGCUUCUGCACUAUGUAUACUAUAUUUUGCCUCCUGAGAGCUCAGGGUAGUAUUUGUUCUUGCACAGUCUCUGUGAGAUACGUUAGUCUGGAUUAUAGUUUUUUCCCCAGCGCAGCUUUCAGUUUUAUUGAUGUUAGUUUUGUAUUGAUGUUUAGUAUUGACCACUUAGUUUUGGCUUAUCUUGGAGACUUCAGUACUAUUAUGGUUCCAGGCUUUUCACAAUCGCUAAGGCAUUGUCUGGCCUAGAUUCUGUGCAUUUUGUUUUAAUCUAGUUUAACAAUAUUGAUAAUAGGAAAAUGUGUGAAUUGUAUUUUACCUGAAAAGCUGAUUCUUUCACUAACCCUUUCAUAGUAUUUACCAGUUGGUGCGAAGAGGACCAUAAUCUUUUAAAUUUCAAAAUUAUGGCUAUUAUUACAGAUGAACACCCAAAUGAAUCUGGUGACAGCUCAACCUUUUGACCCAAGAUUAUGCCAUGAAAUAAUAUCUCCAGCCCUUCAUGUUUUAGAAAUAGAAAUCUCACAUAUGGAUUCUCAUGAAUCUAUACUAUUUUUACAGCUGGAUCUGUAAAACCCACCAUUUAUUAUAGUUCACUCCUAUACUGACAGGCUGUACAAUUAAAGGAACCCUCUCCCACACAUGCACACAUGAAAAUCUAGCAUUUUAUGACAAAGCUGUGGCACAAAAAUGCAGGUCCAGGGCAUGGUUGCACGUCUGAGACAAGAUUGCUCUUUGGCUUAAAUUCAGACACUCUUCACACCUGCACUGUCCCAUCCAUCAUCAAGGCAUAACUGAGAGUACAGCAUAAGAAAUAGUUCACCUAAUGCUCUACACUACAGCAGCAUCAUUAUGGAAAAUGCAGUUUAAGAUAUAGAUUCAAGUGAUUUCUACUAGAAUCACAAAAAUACACUGCCUCAUCGUAGCUCACAGAUUACAAUGUUUUAAAAAAAGCAUAUUGUGGCAUUCCCAUGGUGCAAAACAAAAAAACCAACAACAAUAACAAGGAAUAGAUAAGAGAUUCUCAGUUUUUAUAGGUACUUAUCCUAUAGCUGCUGCCCAGUUGCAACUCGUAUCAGUAUCCACCAUCAAAAAACAAACACCUUUAUACCCAGCUUUGUGGUAUCAUUAUAGCACAAACACCUUGAUCACACAUGGUUCAGCCACAGAAUUCAUACAGCAAACAACAGUUUGCCCUUGCUGUUAAGUAACCACAAGCUCCCUCAAAUAUCCAGGAGUUGGGACAGGGCUUUCAAAUCAGAAAAUAUGGCUUCCAGGCACACAUGAGGAGGAACUGUUCCACAAAUGUGCACUUGCUAAAUCUGGGAAUGGAUGCCUCAGAUAAUAAUAAUGAGGACAUUCUAUGACAUUUGCUUUAACCCAGGAACCAGUGUAGUCCUCAUUAGAUAAAGUUCUCCUACCAUUUGCAGCUUUUUCUUUUUUCAGUUCACCAUUCUUAUUACAUCUGGACUAUUAUGUCUGCACAAAAUCGCACCCACCAGAUUAAUUCAUAUAGAGUAAUUUCCCAGUUUUGUACUCACACAGAUUAAAAUUCUCACUCCACUCAUAAGCAGACAUUGAAAGAGGUGAAAUAAUUCUUGGUAGCCACUGUAAUUAUGACAACAUGAUGUAGAUGCAUUGUUAAUCUGUGUUAAGUGACCUUGAGUGACCACAUUUAGGGCAUGCACAGGCAACUGAUGAAGUGAUCUACUGAGUACUUUUUCUGAGCUCUUCUGGCAAAUGAGCAAGAGAGAUUGAAAAAGCUCAUGUGCAGCAGAGGAUAGGGCAUGAUGUUAGGAUAAUUCCUUCUGACUUGGGGCAGGUCGCCACUGCUCUUCAUAAAUUUCUUUUAACCAACCGCAAAACCAUGCAUGUGUUGCCAGCAUCAGUUGGAAAUUGUCCAUCAGUUGUGAUUUUAAGUUUAGCCAUAAAGGUAAGCAGCAGUGCUUCUCUUCUUACAUGGUGAAGCUGUGGGCAUCACUCUCCCCACCCCCAUGUUGUUCAAUUCACAUAUGAAGUUGCUGUUCUAUAUUGAUGGGUGUACACAUGUUUCUUCUGGGGGAGAGAUAAUUUGUGUCCAUUGGGAUUCAUGCAAUUAGGUAUUGAUGUGGAGCAGCCACUUCAUAAGGGAAGUAUCUGUCCAUGGUUGCUAAGGGGCACCAUACUGAAUGAACUAGGGCUCAGAAUUAGAGCAAUGUGCUGAAAGUCUGAGUGUAUACCAGAUAUUACCCUACAAGUGGCAAGGCAAGGGCCCGAGAUUAUUGAUAUUGGGGAAAGCACUCCUUUAGAGUCCCAACCCACAUCUGCCUUGAUAUGCUAGUACUAACACCUUGGAUUGGUGGUUCAUGGUGCCAUUGAACUGCCCCACUGACCAACCUAGCAGCCAAAUUCUGCACUAGCUUCAGCCUCCAGCAUCCCAUAUUACAGCAGUGCAUUACAGUAGUCCAGACAUGAGGGCCCCAAAGCAUAGGCAACUGAGACCAGGCUAUCUUGGGCCAGGGAUGACUUGAGCUUGCAAACUGGCCUAAGCUGGUCUUAAACACUCUUAGCCACAGACAGAUUCCAGUGACAGAUUCGAAUCCAGGAGUACUGUAUUUCCAGGCUACAAAUAUACGAAUUUCUUCAAGGGGAAUGCAGCCCAUGACCAGAGCCAGGUUUCCAGACGCAGGAACUGCUCACCUACAGCACCUCUCAGUUUUGUGACUCCCACCUAGCCCAUCACUGCUUUCAGAUACCAGUUCAGUUCAGCACCUUCGCAGUCUUCCCUGAUUCAGAUGAAAUGGAGAGAUGGAACUGUAUGUCACCAACAUAAUGUCUCUGGAUAACAGCUCUUAGCAAUUUCAUAUGUUGAAUAGUGAGACAUAAUGGACUCUUGGCUUAAAAGCUAUAUUGCUGAGAACGUUAUUUACGAUUGCUUGCUUUCUAGUAAGGACCCUACAGGUAAGAGCAGGACCAUCCCAUUACAGUGCCUCCCUCGAGUUUCUCUAGGACACCAUGGUCAAUGAUGUCAAAGGCUACAAAGAUAUCGGAGAGCUAAGUAUUCCAGGAAUUAUAGAGUGGAGUCUUUUCAGUGUGCAAGAAAUUGAGUUAAGUGAUAGAAAUACUCUAUCAAGGGGAUUUCAGGAUUUGCAAAUUUUGCAAUGUAAAUCAUGCAUAAGAAAGAUAGUAGAAGAUUAUCAUUGUACAAGCACUGCACUGGCUACCAGUGAACUACUGGCAUCCAGGGUGUUAGUAUUAGCAUACAGAGCAUAUAAAUGGGACCCAAGUUCCUAAGAGAGCACCUUCCCUAAUAUCAACCAUCUAGGUCCCUAGAAUUGGCUGGUGAGGACUUGAUGGUAAUGCUCUUACCAGGAGCUGCCCAGUUGGGGUUAACUGGCGAUAGGGCCUUUUCAGUGGUGGUUCCCUCUUUAAGGUAAAGGUAAAGGACCCCUGGACAGUUAAAUCCAGUCAAAGGUGACUAGGGUUGUGGCGCUCAUCUUGCUUUCAGGCCAAGGGAGCUGGUGUUUGUCUACGGACAGCUUUCCGGGUCAUCUGGCCAGCAUGACUAAACCACUUCUGGUGCAACGGAACACUGUGACGGAAACCAGAGCGCACGGAAACGCCAUUUACCUUCCCGCGUGCUUUUGAACAGCUAGGUUGGCAGGAGGUUCCCUGUUUAUGGAAUGCCCUCUCUAGUGAGGUGCAUCUGUCUCCAUUACUUUUAACUUUCAGAAGGAAUUUGAAAACAUUCCUCUUUACCCAGGCAUUUAGUGACUAAAGAGUACCGGAUGAAAUACUGUUUUUAAUUGAAAUUUGCUUUUAGAUGUUUUCAGUUGUAAUAGUUUUUGGAAUAUUUUGACAGUGUUGUUUUUGAAUUGUGGAUGUGUUUGCCACCCUGGGCUCCUUCCGGAGAAAAGCUGGGAUAGAAAUUAAUUAAUUAAUCAGUAAUUUGGCAAUAGGAUGAUGAGAGACAGCUUUAUGAAAUUGUUUAGGAUGUGAGAAGGAGGUAUCUACAAAUGUAAGUUUGGGGCAGGAGUAGAUCCUAGAGUAUAUCUUAAAUUUGUAGUUGCCUUGUGAAUCUCAUGAUGUCCUUAUAUACAUAAGAUAAUCCUAGAUUUGAGAACCUGAGAUAGGGAAGCCUCCCCCUCCCCAUUAGCUAAAUGCAAGUGACUGUAAAAAGUGCAUUUGGAGUUUGUUAAAAUAGAUCGUCUGCAUAAGUUUUGGAAAGAUUUAUUAGUAAGUGGUUUCUUUCAAAGACAGAGUAAGUAAGUAGUGCCGUUGAGCAGAGGUUGGAACAGACACCCCAUUUCAGCUUGAAUCCACUUUUAUUCUUCUAAGAAAAAUCAUUAUCAAAACAACAACUGAAUAUUCCAAUUUGCUACUUCUGUGUAGCAAGUAGAAUUUCCCCAGCUACCACUGCCGGACUUGACAAUGGCCUCUUCUUAUAAUUCAACCACUAGGUGUCACCCUUUGCCAUUCAAAGAGGGAUACAGCUUCUUUGCCUGAUAAGCUUGUGAUUUGUCAGUUCAUUUUGCUUGUUAGUUUGUUACCAAUGAGCAAUAUCAGUUCAUCCCAUCUGCUCAAAAUAAUAUGUUGCUUCCUCAGUUCAAGAAAAUAAGUGAUUUUAAAAAAUAAAUAUAAAAUUUUUGACAAUUCCACCCCCCUUUUCUGGCUCAUUUAACAUUUAAUCUUAUUAAACAUUUUCUGGUUGUGGGGAUGGGGCGGGGGAUAGCAAGAGAACCAAGAUUGGGAGACUACUCUAAGGUAGCUUACCUUACUUUUCCAUAGAUAAUGGGAGGAUAAUUUUUACUUUCAGAUCAAUCCUUCUUUACUCAGUAAAGUAAGACCUAUUGCAUCCAUUGGAGCUUAUUUCCAGGUAAGUGUAUGUAGGAUUGCAGCUGAGUAACUAGGAUUUCCUUCUGCAUAUACCUGCAUAAAUUGUACUGACUGUGAUAACAUAAAUCCAAAAUGCAAGUUGUAUAAUUUAUCAUAAUUGGGAAUUUUGCAAUAUUCAUUUAGUAAUUGUUCAUACUGGAGAAAUGUGUUUCUGCUUAGCAGCAGUACUGCUUUUCUGAAAUCAUAGCAAAAAUCAUGUUGGGUUUUCAGAGCACUGUAGGAAUGUCCCUAAAUACUGAAAAUGUCUGCCUACUUUAUGGUGCUGUGAGUUGAAUUCUAAUCCAUCUGAAAUGGGCUGGAUGUUAUGCUUUGAUUCUGCCCACUGUCACCAUGCUUUAAGGCAUUUCUGCAUUUCCUUCCCUUAAGCCUCAAAACCAAAAUAAAAAUAAAAAUGGGGAGAGAUAGUGAAUGCAAGAAUAAACCACAAAGAAAAGCACCAAAAAUAUUCCAGUGUUCUGAGGUGUUUUGGAAACAAGAAGUUCAAUUAUCAGGGCAAUCUACAAAUAUAUAAAAACAUAUAUCUAAGUAAUAUUUUGAAACUAAAUCUAUUUAGUUUUAUCUGAAUAAAUCUUUUUCCACUCAGUUUUGCACUGGAACAAGCAGUGAGGCUUUAUACUUCACUGUUAAUAUUACCUUAAUAUAUCUCACAAACAUUUACCUGUAUAAAAAUCAAGCACUAUUUGUAUUACGUACAAACCAUUUAUCAUAAAAAUAAUAAGAUCUGGUUGAAGCGCACAUGUUUGCCAUGAAGGUGGUUAUUGUUGGUAUUCCACAUUUCAGCUGGGAAGAUUCUUAAGUUGGUAUAUUCAAAUAUACAAAUCAAUGCAACAACCAUAAGGCCAGCAAUGUAAAAAAUAAAAUAAAAGUGAACUGCGACCAUAAGUGUUAGAGAUAUCUAAAAGUGUCAUGCUGGUGGAAGUAAAAUGCUAUGCAAGCCAUUUCAUUCAAAUGUUUUAAAGUACUGUGACGUGCCCUUUUCUUUCUCAACUGCAGAUGGAAGCAGGAGUUGGAUUUAAGCUUCUUCAGUUAGUUUAGGUUCCCAGUUAUAAUUCUGUGAAAGUUAGCCUCUCCGUAACAAACCUGAGCCGUGUGUGGAACUGGAGCACCUGAUAGAGCAGUGAUAACACCAUGGAAGUACGUUUUUCACUGGGAAUUGCAGCUGAUGUUCAUAACUUUAGCUACAAAUAAUGGAAGUAUGCAUCAUAUUCAUGGACAAGAUAGCUGCAAAUUACUGUACAUUGCAGUAAUGUUUGUUCCAAAAAAUUAUAAUUUAUAUGCUUUUAAUUUAUAUGCUACAUCUCCCAAGCCUAUUUUAAAAAAUCAUGAAAACUCUAUUUUAACAAGAACCUUGGGCCCGUCAUCAGUGCCAGGGGCCAACAUGUGACUUACACAUGUCUGUCUCUAACAUAAACAUAGGGCAGUAUCCAACUAAAUAGGCCCUUUAGUGCAAGACUUCUGGCUGUGCAAUGUAAUUUCUCUGCCCUCUCCUCUUCCUGUUCACCCUAUAAUUCUGCUCCGGAGCGUUGGAAAACCUGAAACAGAUUUAGGAGGAGCACAGGGAGAGGAGACUGUGGGAAGUUCUGUUGUGUAGCUAAAAGUCAGUGCGCUAGUGGAACUAUUUAGAUGCAUACAGCCCAUUUUCUUUAAAACAACCUUCCCAUAAUAAUUUUGCUGUUGUUCACAAAUGUCACAGCAUGGUAUAAUCAUCUUGUACAGAGUACAUCAUUUUUGCCUGCAGUCAACUAGUAGAGAAAUCGGCAUUUGUAUCUCUUGGUGUAGGAACGUUUUGGUGACUGAACAUUCUGGUAUUCAGCUAUACCCAAGUAAACAAAUCCCGCUGUUUACUGGAGACUGCACAGAGUGAACAUAAAUGUAAUACUCUACCUUGGUUUUUUUUGUUUUAAGAUCAGUUUACUGAAGACUGCAAUGGAACGAUUUGACGUGAAGCCACCUCCCUCCCGGAGCCGUUCUAAAACCGCUUUGUAUGUGACUCCUCAGGAUCGCGUUACUGAAUUUGGCAGCGAACUGUAUGAAGACGGGGGGAAACUGUACUGCACAUUCUGCAAUGUGGUCCUGAAUCAUGUUCGCAAGUCCGCCAUCAAUGACCAUCUCAAAUCCAAAACGCACACCAAACGCAAGGGGGAGUUUGAGGAGCAAACUGUCAGGAAGAAACCGCGAACUCUGACUGCCUCUUUGCAGUGCAACAGCGCAGCCCCAACAGAGAAGCCCGGUGUUGUCCAGGACUUUGUAAAAAUGUUUCUGGAAGCUAGCAUUCCCCUCGAGAAGGCUGAUCACCCAGCUGUGCGAGCUUUCCUCUCUCGCCACGUGAAGAAUGGGAACUCCAUACCCAAGGCAGACCAGCUAAGAAAAACCUACUUGCCUGAUGGGUAUUCACACCAGCUUCUCAAGUCUGAAGACCACUGAGUGGAGGAGGCCACUUGGUUCUAAGUGUGGAGUAUUAACAGUUGCAUAGCAGUGACGUGGUUUAUUUUUAUAUUCAUGCACAUGCAAUGUUACGUAAUGGUUUUUGUAUUGUAAAAUGACAAUCUAUUGCAAAACGCAACGGUGUGCAACAAAUUGUUGGUGACUCUAGUAUUACAAGAGUUUGGAUCUAAAAUGUUGUAGAGUUCCUUGAGUGGGGGGAAAUGGCAGAAAGGUGCCAUGUUGCUGAGUUUGUACAGUCCAGUGCUAAAUCAUUAUUGUAGAAAAAUUCCUUUGCUCGCUUUUCAUCCUCCUGCAUUACCUGAUAAUUGCAAAUGAUCAAAUUAGGCAUGGUCAAACUCAAUAGUCUAAUUUCUGGCUUUAACAUGUAUUCAUAUAUGCCCAAUAUGCGUGCCCCGUAUUUUCAGCAUAAAUUUAUCUCCAGCAUAGCUAUACUUAGGGAUGCCAAAGCAAUCCUGCAGGCUUGAUUUCCAAUGCUACUGUUUCCAUUUUUCUGGUUUGCGCUAUUAUCCUGAACCCACUUUCUAUCUCAUUCUAUGUGAUUUACAUUCUGUUAGAUGGAGAAGUUUUAACUGGUGGCUGGAUGUGCAAACUCUUGCAUAGCUGUUGAGGGUUGUAAGGAUGUAGAUGUGCAUCCCAUUGAAAGCCAAGGGUAGCAUCUACUGUUGGAUGCUCAUUCUGCUGAGCAUCCCUUUUGCGUACACAGUCCUGAAAGCAAGAGUAUAUGACAUACUCCACAGAAUUAAAGGGGCAAUUUUCCCACAUCCCUAAUUAUACUACAGAUCAGAGGAAAGCUGCAGGACUGUAAGAGUAAAGUUACGCAGUCAGCUGCCUGUAGAUGGCAAUGUUUUGCAAAUAAUGGAUAUAAAUAUAAGUUGUCUAAUGUGCAUUUCCAUUGCUCCCUGAUUAAUUUCAAAGCUGGCUCAAAUAGGUGGUUGGGUUUUGUUUUUUUAAAAUCUACGUGAAUAUCUCAUGUUUUUGAACUUUGCACAGUUUAGGUUUAUGUAAUACGAAUUCCUAGAGUUACUGAUGAUACCUUUUGCUUCACUGGCUGUUGUCUUUUUCUUUAUGAAAUGUUUUCCAAGGAGCAAACAUUAAUAGGAAUUUGUAAUUCAUGACUAAUAGAUUUCUUCAUGCAUUAGCUAAUAGCAAUUCCUGAUCCUACCACAGUUAAGCACUUUUGGUUCCCAUUGAUUAGAAUGGGAGAGUUUACCAUAACUGUCUUUUCUAUUGAUUGAGUUUUUAAAUGCAUAACUUUUAAAAGCAUCAUGCCCCAGACAUUUUACUUUUUCUUGGUGGAAUUGCAAAGGAAGCAAAGUAGCUUUUUAUUUCUGUCCUAUUUUUUUAAAUUAUUAUUAAUUAACAUCCAAAGCCCAAAUCAAAUAGAAAAGAAUAGGAAACUUCACCAUAGACAUCUGGUUGGAGUCAGAUGAUGGGUCCAUUUCUUUCCCCACACUUUCCCCUCUUUUCUUGGACUAAAACAGAUAAGAGAGCAGAAUAAGCAGUUUAAGGAACAUGCAGAUUCACUGGAAGGUUUUGACGCAGUCACACAGGCAAUAUUGCAUUGAAAAGUUGCAUUGAGUUUGAGGAAGUGGGUGAUCACCAAGGUAGACCCAUUGAAAUCAAUGGAGCCAAGUUACUCUAGUAGGUAUAUACUCUUUAUGUUGGAGAUUAUCCAAAAUCUGCAGUGCCACGUUGAGCUUGGCAUUGGUGAAUGUAGCCCAGGAUCUGGACUGCUUAGCUUACGAAAAACAGUAUAUUUCAUAUUUAAUCCAUUUUUUUGCUCUCAUAUUUGUAUGAAAUUGCAUAGGUGGCAUCUGUUAUAGGUUUCUAUAUAUUUGAGGAGGAGCUUCUGUGUGUCCCCCACCCCACCUUCCUUUUCCCUUUUCUGUUUUUUUCCUGCCACUGCAGUUGUUGCCAAAGUACUCUGAUUUUUUGUUUAAAGAAUCCAAUAGAACCCCAUGUAUUGCUCCUAAUGUUACAUCUGCAGCAUGGAAGAAACUAUUGGGGUUUUCUUUCUUGGGCUGAACCUAAUCAGCCCUAAGCUUAAUUAACUCGUAGCUGAACAAAGGAUCACAGCCUUAAUAUUCAGUUCCAGAAUGAAAAACAGUUACUGGCACACAGAAUGUGUGUUCCAGUAUAGACUUCCUGCACAAUAGUUCUCAAGUGCAGAGAUGCAGUACUCCAGUGCAGAAUUAAAAAGAAAUGUGUUACUCUAUUGGACUGGGUGACACUGGUGCAUCAGUUUCACAGGCAGGCCAUUGUCAAGUUUUAAGAUUAGAACAGCUUUCUUACUUACGAAGAAAGCUCAUAAUAAUGAAUUGGGAGUAGAAAAAUGCCCUGUUUGGGUCCAUAGCAGAUAUUUUCUGUUGAAAAUUUAUCUCAUUUAAUUUCAGAUACCUUAUAUUUUUUAAAAAAUAAACAUUAAACAGUAAUCUACCAUUGUCAGAGAGGAAUGCUGGAGCAAGUUGGUAGUUCCCUACAAAAAACAACAACCUGUUUUUAUUUUAUUUUAUUUUGCUUGUCUACUAAUUCUAGUGAAUUAGAAUGCUGUGCCAUCAAUAUAUGUGUACUUCCCUGUCAUCUUCAUCUACAAGUUUCCUUUUUAUGAUGUCAGAAAGGGAGUAGGUCCCAUUGCGCAUGGCAGUGGGAAAUGCAUGUGCUGUACUCCUGGGAUAUUUGUAUUGCUUUGGUUCUUCUAUUUGUAGGGCAGCCUCAUCACUCACAAGGAAAUGCCAGCAAAGAGCGGGGGAGGCAGUAUGUGUGCAUUUGUACACUUUCUUUUCACCCUUUCAAUUAAUGUGCAGAGUGGUGAUCCAUGAAUUGCCUUGUGCUUCUGAAACUUACACAUCUCACCACAAAAUACAUUAACUACCGCUGCCCUAACUUGGUUCCCUCAAGAUGUUAUUGGGUUCCAACUCCCACCAACCCUUAAUGGUUUAAGGUUCAGAGAUUAUGGGAGUAGCAGUCCACCAACAUUUGGUUGGCUACCAUUCAGUUAAACAGUUCUUGUUUGGCCCAUUAUGUUUUAAGUGAAAAGGCCGUGCAUAAGUGUGCUAUGUAGAAGAAUGGAAGCUGCACCAUGAUGCCAUUAACCCAGACGACUGGUACAAAUCAUGGAAACAAGUAACAUUAGAUUCCUUUUCUUUAGGAUAUUAAAUCACUAUUUUGACCGUACCAAUGAAAAGAAUUGUUGAAAGCCAGACUUCUGUAAGCAUAAAAUGGAUAGUUUACCUUUGCACACGUUAUUUUUGUGUCAUUUGUGCAUGUAAAAAUUAGAACUGAAAUAAGUAACUAGUAGCAACCUAGCCAAAGGAAUAUAACUUAAUGUUUUACAGAUUGGUCUGAGUAGUUGCCUAAACAUGAUUUGGCUUUUGAAUAGCUAUUGAAAGCCACAGUCCUGUACAUGCGUACUUCAACAUAAGUCAUGUUGAAUUCAUGGGACUUGCUUCCAAGUAUAGGAUUUGGCUGCUCAUAUGUUCUCAAUUGACAUAGAGCAGAAACUUCAAAUACAUCAAUUUUUGUUGUUCUAGACUCCAUUGAACACAAGACUUCUACUUUUGUGAGACAGAAAUGUUUCUAAGCUUUCUUAAUGCUAAAAUGAGUAUCUGGUUGAGAAAGAGCAUACAUUUACUGAAGCAUCCUUCACAAUCAGAUGUUAACGUUGUACAAACCAUCCAGAUUGGGUUGGGGAUGAAGGACGCCGCUAAUAAUGGGUUGGAUCCAAGCCAAAAGCUCAAUCCUAUGCAUGUCUACUCAGAAGUGAGUCCCAUUGGGCUUACUCUCAAGUAAGUGUGCAUUAGAGAACAACCUAAAUUAGUUGCAUUUAGUUCCUGUUGAGGUUAAUGGAACUUAAGUCAUGAUUAACUUUUCACACUUAACUCAGUGGAGCAAUAUAUUGAGUAGAAAUGCAUUGGACUGCCCUGUAAGUUUGAAUACAAACCAAGGUGUUACUGUUCUUCAUAUAGUUGUCAAGACAUACCUAAUUGUCUUUUGAAAACUGGCUCCCACCAAAUUUCCAAACCUGCAUUUUUAUGAAGUUAAAAGUUCAGGUUUUUAUAUUGAUUGUUAUAACGGAUUGAGAAAACUUUUGAACUAACCUGUCCAGUUUACAAGAGAUGGCAAAAAUAGUUUCUGCCAACUAGGAUAUGUUCUUAUGCUACUCAAAAAUCCCUAACUCCCUAAGGUUUUUUAAAAAAUAAAUAAAAAAAUAGUCUAUUACAACCAUGCAAAGAUAGAUAGUGACGUAGUUAAACUGAUUUUGUGUCUCCAUUAUAACUUUUUUUCUUGAGUGAAAUAAGGAACAAAAUAACAGUGUGCUAACCAUUACCAUUUAUUUAUAGAUAUAUAUUGUAUGGAUAAUCUUGCUAUCCCUUUUUACUGUUCCAUCUUUGAAUUUGCUGCUAGGAUAUUUUUUGUUUGCUUAUGCAUGUUGAAUAUUCAUUGUCUUUAUGUUUUUAAAGUUCUGUGUUAACUUUACAAAAUAAAGAGUUUU